CCUAGCUGCCCCCGCAGCCGGCUCUGCAGUGGUACGCUCCGGUUGUCCGUUGGGGAUUCGGGUUCCAGAUGGAAUGCUGCGUCUUCGCCGCCGCUUGUUGUGGCCGGGGUUACUGCAGCGACCGCCACAGCAGCUCUGGUGCUAUGGAGGAGCCUAAGGCCAACCCUCAGCCCUACUUGGGGCUAGUCUUGGAGUUGCUGCGCAGGGUUGUGGCAGCACUGCCUGAAGGUAUGAAACCAGAUUCUCAUCCUUAUGAUUUUCCGUGGGAAUUGGUGAUACCGGCAGCUGUUGUGGGAUUUUUUGCUGUUCUCUUCUUGUGGAGAAGUUUUAGAUCAGUUACGAGUCGGCUUUACGUGAGAAGAGAGAAAAAGCUUGCUGUGGCACUUUCUGGACUAAUUGAAGAAAAAUGUAAACUACUUGAAAAAUGCAGCCUUGUUCAAAAAGAGUAUGAAGCCUAUGAAGCAGAGUCGUCUUUACAGGAUGCCAGCUUUGAGAAGGCGACAACAGAAGCACAAAGUUUGGAGGCAACCUGUGAAAAGCUGAACAGGUUCAAUUCUGAACUUCAGCAUGAUAUACUCUGUCUAGAAAAAGAGUUAAAAGAAGAGAAAUCUAAACAUUCUGAACAAAAUGAAUUGAUGGCAGAUAUUUCCAAAAGGAUACGGUCGCUAGAAGAUGAGUCAAAAUCCCUCAAAUCACAAGUAGCUGAAGCCAAAAUGACUUUUAAGAGAUUUCAAAUGAAUGAAGGACGACUGCAGAUAGAAAUACAAGAUGCUUUGAAUGAAAAUUAUCAACUUCAGGAAAACCAGAAACAGCUUUUGCAAGAAGCUGAAGUAUGGAAAGAACAAGGGCGUGAACUUAUUAAACAGAAAAGAACAUUUGAAGACUCCAAAGUACACGCAGAACAAGUUUUAAAUGAUAAAGAAAAUCACAUCAGGACUCUGACUGAACGCUUGCUAAAGAUGAAAGAUCAGACUGCUACGCUUCGAGAAGACAUAACGGUUGAUGAUAACUUGGAAUUAGAAAUGAACAAUGAAUCGGAAGAUGGUGCUUACUUAGAUAAUCCUCCAAGAGGAGCUUUGAAGAAACUGAUUCAUGCUGCUACGUUAUGUGCUUCUUUAAAAACCUUAGAAGGAGAAAGAAACCAAAUUUAUAUUCAAUUAUCUGAAGUUGAUAAAACAAAGGAAGAGCUUACAGAGCAUAUUAAAAAUCUUCAGACUGAACAAGCAUCUUUGCAGUCAGAAAGCACACAUUUUGAAAGUGAGAAUCAGAAACUUCAACAGAAACUUAAAGUAAUGACUGAAUUGUGUCAAGAAAAUGAAACGAAACUCUACAGGAAAUUAAUAGUAGAGGAAAAAUGCCGGUUAGAGAAAGAAGAGAAACUUUCUAAAGCAGAUGAAAUAAUCAGCCAUGCCACUGAAGAGCUGAAGACCUACAGAAAGCGAGCCAAAGAUCUUGAAGAAUUUGAGAGAACUAUUCAUUUUUAUCGAAGGAAGAGUAUUCUCCAUAAGAAAAAAGCACAUAAUAAUUGGUUGGCAGCUUGGACUGCUGAAAGAAACCUCAAUGAUUUGAGGAAAGAAAAUGCUCACAACAGACAAAAAUUAACUGAUAUAGAGUUUAAAAUAAAACUUUUAGAAAAAGAUCGUCAUGCACUUGAUGUUCCAAAUACAGCAUUUGGCAGAGAGCAUUCCCCAUAUGCUCCCUCACCAUUGGGUCGGCCUUCAUCUGAAAUGGGUCAGCCUUCAUCUGAAAUGAGAGCUUUUCUCUAUCCUCCGACUUUGUUGGAGGGUCCACUGAGACGCUCACCUUUGCUUCCAGGGGGAGGAGGAAGAGGCCCAGGAGGCCCAGGGAAUCCUCUGGACUGUCAGAUGACCAAUGAAAGAGGAGAAGCAAGCUGUGAUAGGUUAACCAGUCCUCACAGGGCUCCUUCUGGCACUGGGCUCCUGUCGCCUCUGUGGGAACAGGACCAUAGGAUGGUGUUUCCUCCACCGGGACAGUCAUAUCCUGAUUCAGCUUUUCCUCCACAAAGGCAAGACAGAUUUCAUUCUAAUUCUGCUAGACGCUCUGGACCAGCAGAACUCAGAAGUUUUAACACACCUUCUUUGGGUAAAUUGGAUGGGUCAGUGCCUUCAGAAAUGGAAUCCGGUAGAAAUGAUACCAAAGAUAAUCUUGGUUAUUUAAAGGUGCCUGAUUCAUCUCUCCCCACUGAAAAUGAAGCAACUGGGCCUGGCUUUAUUCCUCCACCCCUUGCUCCAAUCAGAGGUCCAUCAUUUCCAGUAGAUACAAGGGGCCCGUUCAUGAGAAGAGGACCUCCUUUCCCUCCACCUCCAGGAACCAUGUUUGGAGCUUCUCGAGAUUAUUGUCCACCAAGUGUUGUCCCCGGUCCACCACGUGCUCCAUUUGCAAUGACAAAUGUCUAUCCGCCCAGGGGUUUUCCUCCUUACCGUCCCCCAAGACCUGGAUUUCCACCCCCCACCACCACAUUCUGAAGGUAGAAAGAGUUUCCAUCAGGGUUGAAUCCGACUUCAAAUGAGCCUGCUACUGAACAUCCAGAAACACAGCAAGAAACCUGACAACAUGUUUGCCCUCUCCAAAAGUAAUUUUGACUGAUCUCAUUUUCAGUUUAAGUAACUGCUGUUACUUAAGUGAUUACACUUCUGUUCAGAUUGAAACUUAAUGGAAUUAUAAUUUUCAGGAUAGUAUUUUGUAAAUGAGGAUAAUUUAAAUAUGAAUCUUAGGAGUAAUUUAUUUUCAUUUUAUUUUAUUUUAGAUAGUAUAACUUUUAAUUUGAUUAAUCCACUAUUAUAUAAACAAUGGUGGGAGUUUUAUAUAUGUAAUCUUGCAGGUGGGGAGGUUUUAAAUUGUCUUCAUGCCAAGAACUGUAUUUACUGUGGUUGUAGACAAAUGUGAAAGUAACUUUAUGCUUAAAUUUUAAUUGAUUAAAAAAAAAACUAUAUAAAUAUGUAUAGGUGGGAAUGUAGAAUACUAUGUAACUGUUAGAAUAUUUAACUUUAAACCAAGAUCUAUCUUGGAACUCCUGUCUUAUAGAUUUUAUAUCCUCUUUCAGUACUUUGAUAGUGUAAAACAUUUAGAGUAGAAAGUAUUCCUGUUUCCUCUGUUUUCCUCAAAAACGGUUUCUUCGCCCUCCCUUUCCUUCCUUUUGCCUUCCCUAUGCUAAUUUCUUCCUUUGUUUUUCAUCCUAUCAUUACAUAAUUUUGUUGUUAUUUCUUUUGUUUUAUUUUUAUUUGGUGGGAACAACUCUAUCCAGACCUUUUACUUUCCCCAGAAUUAUAUAGAUAGAUUUUUCCUGAUUUCUUUCCCAACCUUUACCUCUGUUGGUGCUCUAAUAGUUUUUGGACCAACAGAACUUAGAUGUUUUAAUACACCUUCUUUGGGUAAAUUGGAUGGGUCAGUGCCUUCAGAAAUGGAAUCCGGUAGAAAUGAUAGCAAAGAUAAUCUUGGUAAUUUAAAAGUGCCUAAUUCAUCUCUCCCCACUGAAAAUGAAGCAACUGGGCCUGGCUUUAUUCCUCCACCUCUUGCUCCAAUCAGAGGUCCAUCGUUUCCAGUAGAUACAAGAGGCCCGUUCAUGAGAAGAGGACCUCCUUUCCCUCCACCUCCUCAGGAACCAUGUUUGGAGCUUCUUGAGAUUAUUGCCCACCAAGUGUUGUCCCCAGUCCACCACAUGCUCCAUUUGCAAUGACAAAUGUCUAUCCGCCCAGGGGUUUUCCUCCUUACCGUCCCCCAAGACCUGAAUUUCCUCCCCACCACCACCACAUUCUGAAGGCAGAAUGAGUUUCCAUCAGGGUUGAGUCCGACUUCAAAUGAGCCUGCUACUGAACAUCCAGAAACACAGCAAGAAACCUGACAACAUGUUUGCCCUCUUCAAAAGUAAUUUUGACUGAUCUCAUUUUCAGUUUAAGUAACUGCUGUUACUUAAGUGAUUACACUUCUGUUCAGAUUGAAACUUAAUGGAAUUAUAAUUCUCAGGAUAGUAUUUUAUAAAUGAGGAUGAUUUAAAUAUGAAUCUUAUGAGUAAAUUAUUUUCAUUCUAUUUUAUUCUAGAUAGUAUAACUUUUAAUUUGAUUAAUCCACUAUUAUAUAAACAAUGGUGGGAGUUUUAUAUAUGUAAUCUUGCAGGUGGGGAGGUUUUAAAUUGUCUUUAUGCCAAGAACUGUAUUUACUGUGGUUGUAGACAAAUGUGAAAGUAACUUUAUGUUUAAAUUUUAAUUGAUUAAAAAAAAACUAUAUAAAUAUGUAUAGGUGGGAAUGUAGAAUACUAUGUAACUGUUAGAAUAUUUAACUUUAAACCAAGAUCUAUCUUGGAACUCCUGUCUUAUAGAUUUUAUAUCCUCUUUCAGUACUUUGAUAGUGUAAAACAUUUAGAGUAGAAAGUAUUCCUGUUUCCUCUGUUUUCCUCAAAAACAGUUUCUUCGCCCUCCCUUUCCUUCCCUUUGUCUUCCCUAUGCUAAUUUCUUCCUUAGUUUGUCAUCAUAUCAUUACAUAAUUUUGUUGUUAUUUCUUUUAUUUUAUUUUUAUUUGGUGGGAACAACUCUAUCCAGACCUUUUACUUUCCCCAGAAUUAUAUAGAUAGAUUUUUCCUGAUUUCUUUCCCAACCUUUACCUCUGUUGGUGCUCUAAUAGUUUUAGUUUUAUGUUCUGCUUUUCUCUUGCUGUGGCAAGGGGAAGGAGUAAACCUAAGAUUGUGUUUAAUUGCAGUUGGUGAAUUUGAUCUCUGAUUUAGCUCUCUUCUCUGGAAUUCUGUUAAAGGGUGAAAUGUGUCUUGUCCCCUGAGAGAUGCCCUCAAAUUUUGGAUUAGUCCUUCAUGCAAGCUGGGCCACCAAGCCAUUGCUUCUUUUGGGGACAAUCUGUCCUCCCUUUUAAAAACUAUCCUGGCUCACAUGCCUCCCACAGCAGUUAAUGCCACUCCAGCUUGAAUGUAA